AUGAAGUAUUUCUUGAACUUAUUCUUUUUACUGCUUGUUCCUCUUUGUGAAGGUGUUGGGAUACACGACUUCUCAACAUACAAAUGUAGAGGAUACGAAACGGCAGUGACUGGUGUGGAUUCUGAAGAGAAAAUAUUAAAAAUUUUGCCAACUAUUGAUAGCAUCACAGAAAGAAAUGGCAUUUAUGUCAACCGACUCUAUACAUUUACGUGCAUAGGAACCAUUAGUAAAGAUGGUCCUUACUCAGUGAAAUGGUAUCGAAAUACGAUCACGCCUUUCAACAGAAUUUUUUUGGAGAGUAACAAAAUAAUAAAAGAAAACGAAUGUAGCCGGAGUGUCUCAAGUUCUGUUCAUUACAUUGUAAAGGAGGCUGACAUAACAGGCUUUACACUCUGGUGCCAAAUACAAAACAAUUACGUUACUUCUCAGAGUCAAAAGUCUACUGUAAAAGGUCCCACUGCACAGUUGUCCAUGCCUUCAUAUUUUAGUAUGAAUUCGCUAGACACUCUCAAUGUAAAAUGUGAUUUCAGCACUGCUUACCGAUUGGAAAAGAUUUCAUUACUUCAGGGAGGCGCCAAAACUUUAGCAACCCUAUACCCUGACGUCUCGUUGACAUUUGCCAUUUCCUGGGUAACCUGUAGUGAUUUCACAUGGUACGUCUGUAGAGGACACGGAAAUAAUGGGAUAGUGGAUUCAGAAAAAAAAACACUAAAAGUUUUGCCAACAGUUCAUAGAAUCAGUAAAACAUCAAUGUCUCCCAUUACUUUCAACCGAAAGUCAACCUUUACGUGCAUAGGAACCAUAAGUAAUGAUGGUCCAUAUUCUGUGAAAUGGUAUAAAUCUUUUAUAGCGCCUUCGAACGAGAUUUAUUUUGCGGAAAAUAGAAUAAUCAGCCAAAACCAAUGUAGUCGGAAAAUUGAAAGUGUUGUCACAUACUAUGUAAACGCGUACUUUUCAAAUACUCUCUGGUGCCAAAUAGAAAAUGGAAAAUCUGCUUCUAAAUUUGAGACAUUUCUGGUUCGAGGGACCGGAUGUGAAUUGAAGCAAAGUACAAUUCUGGUUGUCAUGGUUUCAUUUCUUGCCUCUGCAUUUCAUCAUUUCUGA